AUGGCGUCUACUUGCCAGGGAAGGCGCAGUCCGCUCUCCUGCCUGCAGGACGGUCAAGCUGACUGGCGUCCAGCUCUACUCUCCUGGCAAGAGCUUCAGGACACAUUCCCAGUGACCUUCGAUGAUGUGCAUGUGAAAUUUAGCCAAGAAGAGUGGGCUUUGCUGGAACCUUCCCAGAAGCAACUCUACAAAGAUGUGAUGCUAGAGACCUGUAAAAACCUCACUGCUAUAGGCUACAAUUGGGAACACCAUAAUAUUGGAGAACAUUUUCAAAGUUCUACAAGUAAUAAAAGGCAUAAAAGAACACACACAGGAGAGAAGUCUUAUAAAUGUAAUCAAUGUGGUAAAGGCUUUGCAACAAACAGUCAUCUCACGCGGCAUAAAAGAACACAUACUGGAGAGAAACUUUAUGAAUGUAACCAGUGUGGUAAAGCCUUUGCACAAAACAGUGAUCUCAAACGGCAUAAAAAAACACACACUGGAGAGAAACCUUAUGCAUGUAAUGAGUGUGGUAAAGCCUUUGCACAAAUCAGUACUCUCUUAAGCCAUAAAAGAACACACACUGGAGAGAAACCUUAUGAAUGUAACCAGUGUGGUAAAGCAUUUGCACAAAACAGUACUCUCUUAAGCCAUAAAAGAACACACACUGGAGAGAAACCUUUUGAAUGUAAUGAGUGUGGUAAAGCCUUUGCAAAAAGCAGUAUUCUCUUAAGCCAUAAAAGAACACACACUGGAGAGAAACCUUAUGAAUGUAACCAGUGUGGUAAAGCCUUUGCAGAAAACAGUACUCUCUUAAGCCACAAAAGAACACACACUGGAGAGAAACAUUAUGAAUGUACCCAGUGUGGUAAAGCCUUUGUACGAAACAGUGCUCUCAUAAGCCAUAAAGGAACACACACUGGAGAGAAGCCUUAUGAAUGUAACCAGUGUGGUAAAGCCUUUGCACAAAACAGUGCUCUCAUACAGCAUAAAAGAACACACACUGGAGAGAAACCUUAUGAAUGUAACCAGUGUGGUAAAGCCUUUGCACAAAUCAGUACUCUCUUAAGCCAUAAAAGAACACACACUGGAGAGAAACCUUAUGAAUGUAACCAGUGUGGUAAAGCCUUUGCACAAAUCAGUACUCUCUUAAGCCAUAAAAGAACACACACUGGAGAGAAACCUUAUGAAUGUAACCAGUGUGGAAAAGCCUUUGCAGAAAACAGCAAUCUCAUACGGCAUAAAAGAACACAUACUGGAAAGAAACCU